UCAAUAGUAUCGAAAAACAUCGGUUUUUUCCAGCUCUACACAAAAAGGCAAAUUCGAGGCGUUUUAAAAAUUCGAGAGCAGCUAAAUCUGGGGCCAAAAUGCAUCCAGCUCACCUGUAAGUGGCUCUCGCAAGCGUCGUCGCAGGUGCACAGGUGCGAGGUAGCGCGAAAUCCGCCGAUUGCUGAUUUAGAGCACACAUCCGCCCCGCCAGUGGGAAGAAAAAUCGAUUUUGUGAUAACAGGCUUGCGCUUACGAGUUUUCGCAUUGCUAGUCAGAAUUGGGUGGAGGCCUGAUCCCAGACCAUGAAUGUGGACUUCGCGAAGGUGUGCAGCAAGCACAUACAUGUCUACGAGGCCUACUACAAACUGAUUGACCCCAAAGGCACCGGGGCAAUCGAGGCCAUGACGGCGGCCAAGUUUCUCAAAAAGUCGGGCCUCAGCGACGUUGUGCUCAGCAAGAUCUGGGACCUGUCCGACCCAAGCGGCAAGGGCUUCCUAGACAAGCCGGGCUUCUUCGUGGCCCUCAAGCUGGUGUCGCUUUCGCAGGCGGGCCAGGUGGCCAACAUGAACAACAUCUACCUGGAAACUGCCAACCCGCCUAAGGUGGGUGAACUGCCGAAAACGCUGCCAUCGCGCAUUCAGACGGUACCGGUGUCCAGCGGAGGAGUGGCCAACGGGGACUGGUCCAUCGGUGUAAUCGACCGCCUCAAGUACGAGCAGCUCUUUGAGUCGCUAAGCCCCCACAACGGAAUGCUACCGGGCAACAAGGUCAAGGGCGUAUUGAUGGACUCUAAGUUGCCCAUGAACAUUCUGGGCACCAUCUGGGACCUCGCCGACCAGGACAAGGACGGCAACCUAGACAGGCACGAGUUUGUGGUGGCCAUGCACCUGGUCUACCAGACGUUGCAAAAACGCACCAUUCCCAGUGUGCUGCCGCCCGAGUUGCGGAAGCCCGGAGGAGCCGGUCUGCCACCCAAGCCCGCCAUGCCCCCGCCUCCGGCAGCCGCCGCCAUGCCGCGUGCUCCAAGUGGCGAGGGCUUCGGGGACGGUGGCUUCGUCGCAAACUUCCCCAAGGACAUCGCCCCGGCGGCCAUCCCACCGCUCCCGGUGGCCGUGCCGCCCAUGACACGCAUUCCUCCAGUGGGCGCAGUCAGCUCCCAGCCCCUGAUCCAGACGGAUCCGCUGAUACCCAUCGGGGCUCCGCCGUCGGUGACAGCGAACGCCGACUGGGUGGUCACGCCGGCGGAGCUAAGACGAUUUGAGGAGAUCUUCCGUCAGUCGGAUCUGGACAAGGAUGGCCUGGUUUCUGGUCUAGAGGUGAAGGACAUCUUUAUUAAGUCGGGUAUACCACAGCGCAGUCUGGCGGACAUCUGGGCCCUCUGUGACACCAAUCAGUCCGGUAAGCUGACUGUGGAGCAGUUCGCCCUGGCCAUGUGGUUUGUGGAGAGAAAGCAGCGCGGCGUGGAUCCGCCGCAUGUGCUGAGCGCCAAUAUGGUGCCGCCCUCGAUGCGUGCCACAGUGUCCGGAGUUGAUCUACAGCCACAGGAGGUGAAGCCCACCUACUCGAACCCGGAGCUGGAGAUGAUAUCUAAGGAGAUCGAGGAGUUGGCCCGCGAGCGUCGCGUCCUGGAGACGGAGAUUGCCCAGAAGGAGGCUGAUGUGCGCAUCAAGAACGGCGAAGUGCGCAGUCUGCAGAGCGAACUGGAUACUCUUACCGCCACCCUGAAGCAACUGGAGAACCAGCGAGGAGAGGCCCAGAAACGGCUAGACGACCUGCAGGCUCAAGUUAGCCACAAUACGGCCGUGCUGGCCAGCGUAAGUCUUGAUAUUUCGCGCACCAACGACCAGGUGACCAAGAUACGUGACCAGUGCCACUUGCAGGAGGAGACCAUUAACGAGCAGGAGGGCGAACUGAACGCCAAGCGAUCUGAGCUGCAGAAGCUCAAGGACGAGGAGACGUCGCUGCAGAAGGAGUACGACAGCAACAACCGCGAACUCUCCAAGCUGACCAAUCACCUGCAGGCCACCCAAUUGCAGAUCAGCUCGGUCCGGUCAAUGGUCACCCAGCUGUUGGAGACGCAGCGCCAGAUGACCGACGCCUUGCUCAUCUGUCGGGCCGCCAUGGAGAACCAAAACGCCGAACUGGUCUCCGAGUACCAGCUGAAAAUCGAACCGGACUUCGACGAGGCGCGCAAGACACUGACCAAGGAAGUGCAGAUGCCCAAGGACGACCCCUUCGAGGAGAACAACAGUGGGGCGGCCAACCAGGCCACCAACGGUUUUGGAAAUGACCCCUUUUCUAGCCAGCAGACCAGUAAGCCGGCAAUCUCCACCGGUUUCGAUGACAGCUUUAACUCUGGCUUCGACAGCGGAUUCGAUGCCUUCGGCCAAAGCGGAGCGGGCUCGGCAUUCGGCCAGACUCAGCGGGAUCCUUUUGGUUCGGACGCCUUUGCAGCCAACAAGAGCAGUGUCAUCACUCCAGAGCCCGGAAAAGACGACUUCGGCAGCGAUCCGUUUGCCGCCCUGCACGCGCCAACUGGCCAGGGUCAAGUUCUUAGUCCCAAUACCCAGAAGUCGGGUCCACCGCCCAGACCGGAGUCUCCUAGUCCAGCAUUGCCGCCAAAGAAGUCCAAGGUGCCGCCUCCGCGGCCAGCGCCACCACGGGCAGCCCAGCCCACAAGUGGUUUCGGAGGCGGCGGCGGCGGCGGAGGUUUCGCCGACUUCGACGACUUUGACAAUAAGCUCCACAACAUUCCAAGCACACCUACGCCCACGACCACGCCCCUGUCCCUGCCCCCGCUUUCCCUGCCGCCCCCGAUUCCAGCGUCGGUCUCCAGUGGGUCAUCGCUGCUCGACAGCUUCUCGCUGUUUGAUGAUCCCGGCCAGAUUCGAAACAAGGCGGCCAGCACACCCAAUCCCACGCUUUCAACCUCCACGACAUCCACCGCCCCCACACUGCAGCCCUUGCUCCCGACAUCGUCAUCCACACCAGCAGCCCCAUCCCCGGUAUUAGCGUCUCUCUCUGCGUCACCAGCGGGAUUAGUAGCGGGAGCGGGAGGAGUUCUCCCCAGUAGCACCACCAUCACCACCGCCCCCAGCUCAAAUAACCAGCAUUUGUCGCGUUCCAAUACACCGCUGCAGAAUCCGGGCGCGUCGGGAUUGGUGCCAAAGUCUGGCGUUUUCGAUGCCUUUGGAGCGAACGUCAGCCAGAAGACGCCGACUGCAAACGUUAUCACUGGACCAACCGACUUUAAGGACGAUCCCUUCAAGGACUACCGCUACGAAGACCCCUUCAGCAUCAAGGACCCUUUUGCCGACGACGAGGACGAGGAGCUAGCUGGAGCUAAGAGAGCGGAUCAGAAGAAGAGCUUUGCUGAGGACUUUAGUUCGGAUGACGAGAUAAAAACUGCAGGCAACAUCGCGAAUAACAACAGCAGUAAGCCCAAGGCGACUACGCCCCUAAACCACGACCUGCUGCAGCAGUUUGACGCCUUCAACUUAAACCCGAGUCCGGCGCUAUCGCACCUCUCAAAUUCCUCACACCACUCGAACACCAAGCCGAACCACCAAAAGGCGCAGGAUGCAUUCGCUGAUUUCGACGACUUCGCAACUAGCCUAGCCACCACGGGAAGACAUGGACCUGGAGCAGCGACCACAACCACUAACAACACGAAACUCAACGAUUCCUUCUUCGAUGCAUUUAAUGACAACUUCGGUGCCGGCCAACACUCAUCGCUUUCCACUGAGGUUGUCAAGCCCACCGAUCAAACGUCCAAGGUGUUCGACGCCUUCAACGACAACUUCGAAGAUCACUUCAAGAUGACCCCGAACUUCGCCAAGUUCGAGGCUUUCGAGGCCCACAACUUCUCCAGCGACUUCGGGAACUCCUCGUUCGAGGCAAGCAAGGAGAAGCAGAACGGGCAGCUGGCCAAGAAGGAUUUAGGCAAGGACCCUGCCAAGGACAAGUUCGCGGCGGACUACUCGAAGCCGGAGAGCUUCGACGCGGAUCUGGAGGAGGCGCUGAAGCGCAGCGUGCUGGACAACUAGCUAAGAUUACCUUUUCGAAAGGUGCAAGCAGAUAAUUGUGAUUAAACCACGAAAACUCUAAUGACACAUGCAAUGUUCCCUCUAUUCGCACUCGAUCCGAUCUUUAGUGUUAGUGCUUUGUUUCCGUUUCGAUCAAGACGCCGUGGGGCUGGACUAUACGACACCCCACGGUAUUUACUCCGUACUCCUAGUGCUCAAGGAUCCCGGCGAAUAGAGAAUUCCAACGGAGCCGCAGCUGGUAUUACAAGCUAUAUACAGUUAUAUAUAAUUUCGCGUAACCACAUACUCGUAGAGCAUAAACAAAUUACGAUUUAACCUGUACCAAAUCCCUAUGAAUAAACGUAUGAAAUAA